AUGCAGCGCCUCGGUGUGAUCGAGCCAUCCCAGGCAGAGUGGUGUAGUCCGGUGGUCAUCGUCGUGAAGAAAGACGGGUCGCUCCGCAUCUGCAUCGACUUCCGGAAGCUCAACGCCAUGUCAGAGUUCGACGCCUACCCGAUGCCCCGGAUAGACGACCUCCUGGAAAAGAUUGGCCGGGCCCGGUUCAUCACGACCCUCGACCUCUGCAAAGGUUACUGGCAGUUCGCCACCAUCGCCGCUCCACUGACCGCGCUGACGAUGAAGGACCAGAGGAACCCGGUCGUCUGGAACGAGGACUGCGAGACAGCCUUCCAGGCCCUCAAGUCCUACCUCUGCUCAUCGCCGGUGCUGCGGAGCCCCGACUUCGAACAGCGGUUCCUGGUCCAGACUGACGCUUCUGCCGUGGGACUAGGAGCGGUCCUGGCUCAAGGGGACCCUGGAGAAGAACGUCCUGUACGGUACCUGAGCCGGAAGCUGCUGCCGCGAGAGACCAGGUACUCUACCGUGGAGAAGGAGGGCCUGGCCAUCAAGUGGGCUCUGGAGAGCCUGCAGUACUACCUGCUGGGAAGAGAGUUCGACCUCGAGACGGACCACCGGGCGCUGACUUGGAUGAAUUCCAUGAAGGACCAUAACAGUCGUCUCACCCGCUGGUACCUCUCCCUCCAGCCGUUCCAGUUCCAGAUCCGCCAUCGAGCUGGGAAGACCAAUGUCGUGGCAGACUACCUGUCCAGGUUGCCGCACAUCGUCAACCUCGAGGAGGAGGGGGAUAAUGUGACGGAGCGCCAGUGA